AUCUACACAUCAGUAGUUUGUAUUGUAUAUAUCUGGUAUGUACACAUAAACAGAUGCUGCUAUAGUGACAGCUAAAUCAACAAUACUGUGUAACAUGUUGGGAUAAUUGACUAAUACUGGAGCUAACACACGUAGAAAACAAGGAAAAUAUUCCUGGAUCAAUACUUAAUCAGCGCUCCAACGGAUUCUUUUAUUUUCCAAACGUGUGUGACAGUCAACCGGCGGAGAUAGCCGAGUGAUCAGAGUGAGGCUUUACAUUAUUGAACCGUGUGUUUACAAAAUUAUGCAUGAACGUGGAUUAGGAAAUGAUGAAAUGGCUGAUGGAAUACUACCCGAACCCGCUCCCCCAGCCCCUACAGACCCGCGAUUACCGCUGAAUGCGAGACAAGUGUUUAAACUGAAGAAAUCGUGGAAAGGAAUUAAAAGGAAUAUGGCAUCAACUGGAGUGGAAAUGUUUGUGAGAAUGUUCAAGGCCAAUGACGAUACAAAAGUGUUAUUUGAUAAAUUUAGAAACAUCGAUUCAGAAGAAAACUUGAGAAUAAGUGAAAAUCUUGAAAAACAUGGAACUAAAGUGUUAGAAGUUCUAGACGAAGUUAUUAAUAACAUAGACAAUGUUGAUGAUAUUCUGGAGCUACUUAAAGUUACAGGGGCAAUGCACAAACGUUUUACCGGAUUUUCACCAAGCAUGUUCUGGAGAAUCGAAGAACCAUUCCUCAAAGCUGUGAUGCUCACGCUUGGUGACCGAUAUACUGAUAAUAUGGAUGUCAUCUAUAGACUGCUAAUCAAAUUUAUUCUAGAACACUUGGACGAGGCACUUAAAGCCGAGUUAUCGUCGGCAACGACAAGAAAUUCCACUUGAUGAUAUUAAAACAUUCGUUAUAGGCCAUGAAAAUAGUUAAGAACGUUAUGAAAAAAAUGAAAGUUGGAUUUGUGGUAAGAAAGAUCGAAGAAUUUAUAGAGGAUUAUGAAAACGUUUGUUUGACGAGGAAGAGGUAUCAUUCAAAUUCAAAAUAUUACGUUGAGGAUCUUAACACGUGAUUUCGUCCAAGCAAUAAUUCAGUUUUAAAACGUAUUUGAUAAUGAAUUUUUAUCCAAGUGUCUUCACAACAUGAUAGUAUGCUAAGUAGUACCAGUUUACUUCAAUGAUAUUCAACAAAUUAUAUAUAACGACGAGGUUCAAAUGCAGUUGUCGGACUCGCCGGCAAGCCUAAUAGCUUACAUUUGCGUGAUGACUGGUCCGGCUACGUAGAUCGCAAAUGUCAUAUACAACGUUCAGUAAUGAUGUUUUGGACCGGAAGAGUCAUACCGAAUGACAUUAGUAUAAUUAUUAUGUAACUGAAAUGUUUCAUUAUCAUGUUUGUAAUAAGACGACCUCAACAUUGGGGACUGUAAAUAAUUUAGAAAGUCACGGGAAAACUCAUCACUAAACAUAAUCAAAUUCUUCAGCUGUAAUAUAAAUUCCAGGGCAGGAGUGACAUGUAUUUAAUGCAUGAAAGACUUUCGCUGCUCGAAUGGAAAAACAAAGUUUGCAGAUCAGUGUAGCGUGUUCAAAGUCGUUAAAGAAAACAGUAUUUUGUUUCCUGAUUCUGUAAAUUGUUGUUAUUAAUACAGGUGAGAUGAUUCUAACACGAGCCAUACAUUUGUGUAAAGAGCAUUUCAAGGCUAAUGAGAGUCACAAGGAAUGGAAUUAUAUUUUCUAUGAAUCUGUUCUGCAAUACAAAACUUAAAAUGUAUGCAUUGAAAAUCAACAGACAGGAGCUCGAAGAAUGUGGCUUAUCCUUAAUUUCUGUAAGUGUUGUUAAAGCAGUAGUUGUUAUAAGAGAUGAUGCAUUCACCAUCAGAAGCACUGUGUGGGAGACAUAAUAUAUCUUCAUUCGGUUAUUGACAUUUCAUUAUACCGUUGCGAUUACUUACGAUAGGUAAUAUCGUAGAUGAGGUCUUGAACUGUCUGAUAAUGCUUGUAAUAAAUGUUCAAAAAUCGUAAUCACACAACUUUUAAUGAAAUCAUGUUAUCUUGAUCGAUUCCAUGUUAUGUUAGUGUUAUAUUGUAUUUCUUCAAAACAGUGUAGUGCUUACAUAUUAUGUUAAACAUAUUUUUGACAUAAAAACAUGAAUGCAUGCAAUUAAACAACCUGACAAUUCAACUACAACCAAACUGAGAUAUGUGAUUUUUAAUCUGAAAACAGUAAUUUAAUGGUAGUGCUAUAUAGAAUUUUAAACGUUGGUAGGAGGUUUGUUAGAUACUUCAUACUUAAAACGGUGAAGGACGAAGGUCCUGCAAAACGUUCUGCCAUUGGGUUCGGAUUUCUGAAGUGCUACGUUUUAUCAAAUUAUUUUUUAUUACAAACCUUCAAAGUAUUCCCCCUUUACCGAAACACAUUUUUGUAACCUUUUUACCCGAUCGCGAAAAGCAGAUAAAUAGUCUUCUGUUGGUAUCUGUUUGAGACAUUGAUAAAUGCGGCUGCCAAGAGAACUUCUGGACUUAUAUUUCUUUCCAGAAAGCAUUUUCUUAAGCCUUGGAAAAAAAGUCACAGAGACUCAGGUCAGUUGAGUAAUACCCACUUCACAUCUACGAUUUUUCUUACGAUUUGUGACGGAUUGCACAAAAUAGUAAAAGCUUACCGAUUCCCCACAUUUACGAGCUACUUCAGAGCUGUUUACGAUCAAAUUGCGAUUUAUUCCGAGUUAUUACGAAGCAUUUACGACUAAAAUUACCGAUUUGUUCCCAGUAAUUACGGAUCAAUACGAUCGUUUUACGAGCUAUUUACGAGUUAUUUACGAGCUGUUGCGAGUGAAUUACGGAAUAUCAUGAUUCACCAAAGGCUUUACAAGUUCAUUACGAUUUGUUUACGAUUUGUUACGAGUAGUUGCGUGUUAGAUACGAGUAUUUACGAAUAUCAUGUUUUUGCAGUUUAAAUUUGCACGGAGGCGGGCGUGCUCUCCUCUUCUUGUUGACUACCUUCUUUUUAGGUGGCAUUGUUGCAGAUAUGAUUGAGUUAUCACUCCUUUGACGUAUUGACAGCAACUGAAAGGAACUGUUCGAUUUGGCAGCUUUUAUACCUCUCAUAAAUCGUAAAGCAUGCGUACUCGUAAAGUACUCGUAAAGUGCCCGUAACAAAUCGUAAACCCCUCGUACCGCAUCGUGAGAGAAAUCGUAAGAACUCGUAAGAAGUCGUAAACACAUCGUAAACACAUCGUAUUUAAUAGUAAAACAAAGUCUUCACGAUACAUUUACGAGCGCUUACGAGUGGUUUACGUGUUGUUUACGAUACUUACGACUUGUUAAGAGCUCUUUACGAGCUAUUCGCCGAUAAUUCAAAUCGCGGACGAUCGUAAGAAAUUUUUGACAUGUCAAAAAUAUUACCUCAACGUUCACGAUUGCUUGCGAUCGUUUGCGAGAAGUGCCGAGCUAUUUAAGACUACCGACGAGCUAUUUACGAUUGCGUGCGACUGCCUACGAAUUGGCAAAUCGUAACGAAUCGCAAGAAAAAAUCGUAGAUGUGAAGAAGGUAUAAGGCGGAUGGUUUACAACUUCCACCUUUUCAGAAGCCUAAAAAGACUUAACAACCUCGCACUUGUGGGAGGAGGCGUUGUCGUGGACAAUUGCGCAUCCUGUUCGAUCACAGCUUUUACAGCAGCAAUGUUUGCCUCGGUAACCGAGGUUUUAGGCCUACCUACCAGAACGGAUAUCAUCUCGACCUUUAAAAGCUUUAACCCACCUAAAAUCUGUGCGCAUUGAAAUGGCCAGAGGUCCAUCUAUACCACACAAUUCAUCAAAUACCUGCUUUGAAUCUAUAUUACGCCUAACGCGGCAUUUAAUACAGCUGCGAAUUUCAGUCUUUUCGUCCAUUUUACAAUGUGACAAGUACAUUGGUCACUGUAUAUGACUGCAUGUAUUUUUUUUAAAAUUACUCGGUCAUUUGAAAAGCAGUUUUCACGAAAUAAACGGAUUAGACACACCAUUCAAGUGCAAUGAAGCGUUUUAAAAAAUGCCUGGGAUAAAACUACGGAAACCCAUUAGUGACAUAACUUUUUGCAGGAUCCUCCUACAUGGUAAUAGUAAUUUGUCGAAACUUCAAACAAACAUUAAGUUAAAAAGCAUUUCCUUAUACAUGUAGAAGCAUAUAGAUAUUAUUACAAACAUUUUAAUAUUGUAAAUAGCAGAGUUAAUUUCGACUUGUAAUUAUUAAAAAAAACCCAUUUCGUCCUAUAUGUCAUUUAUUUGCAAUAGAAAAAAAAUAAAAUUAUGAAAUUAU